AUGGCCGUUGAAGCUCACCAUCUAAAUCAUCUCUUCUCUUCUAACAGCGAAAUGAUGCAUCCCGUUGAAGCGAACGGUUUAGUCUAUAACAACCAGAUCAGAUACGGCGCUGUGCAAGCCGCGACGAUGCCGUUUAACCCCACCAUGGAAUGUCAAACUUCGCUGUUGAACCCAGUUUACAACAUCUCACCUGUUGAUUGUUUGGUUCAUCAGUCUAUGAAACCGAAGAUCCAGUCCGUUGAUAGUUCCGUCACGUUCAACAGCCCUGUAUCGUCUUCGUCUCUGAGAAAACGUUCCAGAGAAGAAUCAGUCGUUGCUAAUCCUAUCCCAAGCCAGAAACGUUGCACCGAUCCUCUCAUGUUCCUCGGCCAAGACUUGUCUUCUAGUGUCCAACACCACAACUUCGAUAUCGAUCGCUUGAUCUCUAAUCACGUCGAGAUAAUGAGAAUGGAGAUUGAACAGAGGAGAAAAACGCAAGGGAGGAAGAUAAUGGAAGCCAUCGAACAAGGGUUGAUGAAAACACUAAGAGCCAAAGACGAAGAGAUCAACCACAUCGGGAAACUAAACCUCUUUCUCGAAGAGAAGGUUAAGUCACUCUGCGUAGAGAAUCAGAUAUGGCGUGACGUGGCACAGUCUAACGAAGCCACCGUAAACGCCCUCCGAUCAAACCUACAGCAGGUACUCGCCGCCGUGGAACGCAACCGGUGGGCGGAGCCCACGGUGGCCGACGACGCGCAGUCUUGUUGCGGAAGCAACGACGAGGGUGAUAGUGACGAGCGGUGGAGGAUAGCGGGGGAAGCGCAGGAUAAGAAGAGGAUGCAUACGACAACAAGGACGAUGUGUAGGAGCUGUGGAAAAGGAGAAGCAAGUGUGUUACUGUUACCGUGCAGACACAUGUGUCUGUGUACUGUGUGUGGAUCUUCGCUUAACACUUGUCCAGUCUGUAAAUCUCCAAAGAACGCUAGUCUCCAUGUUAAUCUUUCGUCUUGA